AUGCGAAUUGAAACCAAAAUACAAGAUAAUUCUGUUACAACAUCCAGCAGAACAAAAAAGAAGUCUACGGACUGCUCCUAUGCUUACAUUAGGUCUGUCGGAAGAGUGCUGCAUUGUUUACAAGGACAUGUAGGUCUUUGGGAUAUUUUAAAUUCAAAACAAUCCAUAUUAUUGUAUCCAUCAUUGAAAGCAACAGACAUAGUAGAUUUUCCAAAAGACGCAGAAAUAAGAAAUUUGAUUUUGCUUGAUGGUACCUGGCCUCAAGCUAAAGCUAUUUACAACAAUACACCAUUACUUCAUUCAAUCCCCCACGUAAAAUUGAUGCAUAAAUAUGUGAGUCAUUAUAUUAUACGAACACAACCAACAGAUGGUUGUCUCUCGACAUUGGAAACGGCUAUUGAAGCAUUGACUAUUCUUGAAGAUGACCAAUGUUACAAAAAUUUGCUUUUAAAGCCAUUGAACGCUUUAUGUGAUUUCCAACUCGAGCAUGGUGCUGUCACUCAUCAAAGCAAAGAAUUUCGAAAACGCAAUCAAACUUAUCCUAAACUAAUUGGAAGACGUCUUCGGCAAAGUUUAGAUAUCAAUGAUGAUUACUAGUUAUGGUUUACAAUAAUACAUUUCAAUAAAUUGUAAAGAAAAAUAUUAUCGAAAACAGCAAAACUUGUUUGUAAAAUAAUUUGUCACCCGAUUCUUAUUAAAAUGCAAUGUAGUAUAAACUUGACUUUUCACAAGAAAUCUAAAAAAGCAGAAUUUUAAAUUCCUAUCAAUGCAAUUAUACUCUUUUAGCAUAGCUUCAGGUAACACUCGCAGUUUUUGGGGGCAACUCAUAUUAUGUUUACUUUCAUGCGUAACCAAACUACACAAACUUCAAAUCUAACCAAUACAAUUUAUCAACAAGCAAAUAACCAUUAAUGGCUUUUUAAAAAAAAAUAUAUAAUAUGGGUCAUUGUUUUUUCUGCUUGGGCGGUAUAUUAUUUGUAUCAGUACUUAUUUUCUUUUUUUCAAUUUAGUUUCUAUACUUAAUAAAAAAAAAUUUGAAAACU